AUGCCCUCCUACAACGUCACGAAUACGAACACUAAGUCGUCGCAUCGCAUUGUUUAUGCGCAUCCUGAGUUCACUGACCAUGCAAUCGCUGCAUGGUUUCUCGGCCCCAAGGUGGAGAACCAUGAUGUCCUCGAAGACCAGCUGCGGAAGAUUGUCAAAUAUCUCAAGCAUGGACGUGCUACGUACUUCCCAGACGAUUCCAACUUCAUCACUCAAGACAUGAUCCAGUCAAAUACAUACCGCAAGGCCGUAGACAAGCUCGAUCAAGUCGUCGAAUAUCUUUCCAUUCUGUUAGCCAACCAUUCCGUACCAUUCUCCUCUCCUCGAUAUGCCGCCCACGUCGCUGGGGACACGACCCUGCCUGCCGUCGUGGGCUACGCGCUUGGCAUGUUGUACAAUCAGAAUAACGUUACGCCGGAGGCCAGUCCCCUCACUUCCGUCAUCGAGUACGUUGUUGGACAAGAUUUCUGUCGAAUGCUUGGUUUCCAUACUGCAGAUGAGCGGCGGGGCCGUCCUGAUGACCCGCUGACGAUUGGCUGGGGCCAUGUAACCUGCGAUGGCUCAGUUGCCAAUUACGAAUCUAUGUGGGUCGCGCGAAGCCUCAAGUUCUAUCCUCUGUCGCUCCAACUCGCUAUUAUUGAGGGCGACCUCGGCUUCGUAAAGGACACAUUCAUGGUGACGACCACAAGUCGCGUCGAAAAGCGCUACAAAGACUGCUCUGCAUGGGAGCUGCUCAAUCUGAAGCAGGACGUCAUUCUCGGUCUAGGUGACAAGUUGACGGAGCAGUUUGGCGUCUCCAGCGACUACCUCGAGGGUGCUAUGAGGCCCUAUCUCGCGCAGAUCAUGGGAAAGGACAAGAUCGAGAAGCGCUUCGGUAUCAAAUUGCCACAGUAUUUCUGCUCCAUUACCAAGCAUUAUUCAUUCAACAAGGGUGCAAAUAUUCUCGGAAUAGGCGAAAGCAACCUUGUUGAUGUCGAUAUCGACAUGCACGCGCGCAUGGAUGCGGACGACCUUAAGCAAAAGCUCGUGGAUGCCAUACAAGCGGAGAUCCCCAUAUAUGCUGUUGUCGCCAUAAUGGGCACCACCGAGCACGGUGCAGUUGACCCGUUGGAUAAAAUACUUCGCAUCCGUUCCGAACUAGAGAAAAGCCAUGGUGUCUCCUUUCUUGUGCAUUGCGACGCUGCGUGGGGCGGAUACUUUACCUCCAUCCUACGCGACCUCCCAAGCGAUUGGACAGGGCCUGCAGUUGACUCCGCCUUCCUGAAGAAGCCCCUACUCCGCUACACCAAGGUGCAGCUUGACGCGAUGAGGCAUGUUGACUCGGUAACCAUCGACAGCCACAAAUCGGGCUACUGCCCGUACCCGGCGGGUGGGCUGUGCUACCGUGAUGAGCGCAUGCGCUUCUUAAUCACGACCACGAGCCCGUAUAUCAAUACUACGGGCGAGGGCGUUGAAGCCAUGGGGACUAAGCCCGGAGCAUCCCCCCUGGCUGUGUGGGUCUCCAACAUGGUCCUUGGUCUUCAUAUGGGCGGAUACGGCACUCUCUUGAGUCAAUCAAUUUUCAGCGGGUACUAUACUCUGUGGUGCAAUGUGGCAGAAACGUCCAAGCUGCUCUACGUUGUCCCUUUCAACGUCCUUCCCAUCGAGAAGGACAAGGCUCGAAAGACAAUAGGGGAAAUCGAAGGGGAGAAGGAGAGGCUCGCGGACAGCAUCCUCCGGCGCUCGUUCGCGGACGUGAUUAAGGACAAGAACGCGCUGGACGACAUCGAAUCUAUUGGGUCGGACCUCAUGAUCAAUACGUUUUCGUGCAACUUUAAGCUGGAGAAUGGCGAGCUCAACAAAGACGUUACCGAGGCCAAUUUUCUCAACCAACGCAUUUACGACCGCCUUUCUAUCCGCCGUAUCACCGACGACAUUAACCAAGUGCCGGUCUUGCUCGUUGGGACGGUCUGGGAGCAGAAGUUGUACAAGAGUUGCCUCACACAGUUCAAGAGUCGCCUUGGCCUCGACUCAGCCGAUCCGACCGAUCUGCAUGCGUAUUCUAGUGUGGCAAUGUCUCCUUUCGUGAUGGACAACCUCAUACAGGUCGUCGGCGAUGCAUUCCUAAAAGUUGCAGAGGAAGAAGCACAGCGUUGUCGGGAGCGGAUCGCAAUCAAGCCGGCUUACCACGGUUUCGUCAUGCAAGGCACAGACACGCUCUACCUUGCGUACUUACCCAUGCUUAAUGUUGGGCGCCAUCGCCAGCAGCUUGUCGUUACUGCGAAGCUCCCACAAGAUGCUAUGGAGGUGUAUAUCAAAGCGAGGGCGGAUAACCCCAGGGAAACAUUCACCCUCCAUACGUCGAAGAUGAUGCUUCUGCAGGAUAUACUUGACACGCGCAGCUGCGAGGCUAAUCUAAUCGCGGGUCUUCCGCAAGUUCUUGGUACCACGUUCGGCAACCUUGUCACCAAGAUCAAGCUAACUGAUAUCACCGUCGUCAAACAUCAUUCGCUGGCCCCAAAAAUGCUUAGCUCAGAUUACCCCACGGCGAUGAUGUUCUACCUCUACGGUACCAGGAAGCAGCAGCACAUCGAGCACAUCGUGAUCAAAGCGCCCAAUGCGCAGCUCGCCUCCAGUCAAGUCACAGUCGAGCUUGACCAGAUGCCCUCAGAUGUCCAGCUUGCAGCGGGUGUGAUUGCGGUAAUGGACGAGCGAUACGAGGCCGCCAUGCAGCCUUUUUCCGACUCACACAAGCCUGGCUUUUUCAGGACGGGAGUCGCCUCACGAGUCUCCGUCUAUACCGACCCGUAUAAGUACAACACGGACUCGAACAUCGCUAUCCGGGACAUCUGGAAGAAGAUCCGGGAGAGCAAGCCCAUUGCCAAGGGUACGCUGACCAUAGGGAAGGAGGCAUUCGUCGAUGCGGCCCACAUCAAUCAGGAGACCCUUGCGCAAGUGGAGUUUGUUCCGCACAACAGAGCUGCAUCGCCGAAGCUUCAUGGACAUCAUAUCAAUGGCCUCCUGGACAAUUUCCGGGCCGUGCUAAAGGGCCCUGAGGUCGUAAGCGCGUACGACAUCGAAGAUGCAGUGUCCCGGCGUAGCGCUACAUUAGGGGAUUACUAUCUCGCUUCCGCUGAACACACGCCUGGCGCUCCCAGCAUCAGUAGGUAUGCCAUGCAGCUCCCGACAGAUGCCUUGACGGCGCGAGUCUCGCUGCGCAAAGAUUGGCAUGCUGCGCUCACCAGCAUCCAGGGUUCUCCGCUUGGUUCGAGCCACACCUAA